AUGGUAGAUGUGGGAGCUUACAGCGAGAGUGGCGAGUGGAUCGACGGCUUCCUGCACAUGGGCCAAAUCAAAGAUGACGGUGGCUAUGUGCGCCAGGCACGCCAGUGGAACACCCAGCCCGUGAACUGGAAUGACAAGAUCAUGAAUUUUCUGCACCUCGGGGAAAGUGUGCGAGUGCGCGUUGUGGAAUGUGUUCCGGCCACCGGUUUGCUGAGAGUGUCGAUGCGAAUCGAAGAGGACUUGCCUGAGCUGUUCAUGGGCAAGCCCAGACCCUACAGCAUUCAUGACAUCGAGGAAGGGAUGAAGGUGACUGGCAUCGUGCGCCGAGUUUGGGACAAAUGGGCCCUGGUCGACAUUGGCUGCGACUGCUUGGCGCGGCUUCAUGUGCGAGAACAUCCAAGAGAGAGAAACGAGUAUGGUUUCUACAAGUGGGACAGACUUCACAAGUACGCUUGGACAGCAUUUACCCGCGGCGCCCAGCUUGAGCUGUGGGUUGAGAAGAUCAAGUACCAGCGGCAGAUCACAUUAGUGGGAAACAGGCCGCCCUCUGUCAAAAUGGCUGACAAGGUGCGGGCAGCCAGGAUGACUGGUGCAAACUUUGUCAAAGGCCUGGACGAAAAGGAAGAACGCAUGACGCUGGAACAGCAGCGGGACCGCGAAAAGUCAGAAGCAGAAAAAGCACAUUGGAGUCCUUAUGUGCCGCACGUGGACGAGUGGCUCGAGGAAGCAGCAGAGCCAGAUGAAGAAACAGACAGUUGGGUUGCAAGGACUGAGCGCGAGAUCUUUGAGGAAUUCAGAGAAGACAACGAAUUCUCCACUGAGGACACCAGCAUAGACCUUGCUUCCAACUUUUUAGAAGAGGAGGAGUUCGACGAGGCGGACGAUUUCGCCGAAGAUGAAUUUGCCGAAGACGAUUUCGCAGACGAAUCCGAAUACGUAGCAGAGGAUGUUCCUUUCAGCCUGGGAGCUCCAGGGUUUGAGGAUGCGUGGGAGCUCAAUGACAGCCCCGAGUCCUCACAAGAAGAUGGGCUGCUGUACUAG